UUUAUUUUCCUCACUCCAUCGACUUUGUUUCUUCGCAACAUGGACAACCUUAAGCUGAAUCCCUUACAGAUUCCAGAAAUCCUCUUACUCAUUGCCGAGCUGCUCAACAAAAGAGACCUUCUGAACUGUAUCCGCGUCUCCAAGGCUUUUCAUAAAACUCUUAUCAGCCUCAUAUGGAAGAAAAUCACUGUCGGACAGGGAGGAGAACCUGGCAGCAAAGCAAUACAGAAGCAUAACGAAUACAUUGAAGAAAUUACAUUUGACAGCUACAAGUUUAAUGACUCAUUCCCAGAGAAGUAUGAGUCGCUACAGAGGCUUCAGCCCAUCACAUACAAAGGGUGGUGUUCAUGGCCCAAACCGAUCCACGCCAUCAAUCAGAUCAAGGCCCACAGCUCCAUCAUCACCGGCUUUAAUGUGAGCAGAGCUAUUAAGUAUGGGCCAGAUAUCUGGAAUGCUUUACUAGAAUGCACCAGUCUCAACCACUUGGGGGUUAUGGAAGUAACUACAUAUAUCGAUGUCGAAUUCGACUUAUUUCUUCAGGUCUGCAAGAGACUUCGGUGUUUAGAAUUGGGCCAUGUCAACUUCCUAAGUAGGGAGAACAACGAGUAUAUUUUCCCAAACAUACACACACUGCGUGUGGACUCUCUCUCUAUAUGCAACCUCAACCAAAACUCUUGGUAUUGUCUUGGAAUGUUUAUAAGAAAAUGUCCAGCAUUGCGUUUAUUGGCUAUUAGACUAAGUGGCACCACAAAUGAACUAUACAGGGAGCUACUCCUUCAGCAUCCUUGGACCCUGAAUAAUUUAUCAGAUAUAUGUUUUCGUGAGAUGAGAAUAGAAGACAAGGAUAUGGCGGCAACUCUCAGACGGAUGACAGGAUUAAGGCGGUUAGACGUCUUUUGGGGUAGAUUCUAUCAGCUCUCUUUGCAGGAGUUGCUAGCUGACAAGCAAGAAGUGGUGGAAAAUGGACAGCUAGUACAGAAGACAAGGCUUCGGAGACUUUGUGAGACAGUUGAGACGUUAGUGUUCGGUAAAGAUAGCAGUGUUGCUCAGGCUAUUUUAUCAAAUUGUCCACGGCUGAAAAGACUAGAAGGACCUAAAACUACAGUAUCAGAGAUUGUCAAUGGAGCAGAAUGGGUUUGUAGUGGAUUGACUCGCUUGAGUAUCACUCUUGAGGCAGAUAUUGAUGAAGAGACUGAAGAAGGGAUGGCAAAGACACGUAUUGCGUUUAAGCAGCUUGGCAAGCUGACUCGGCUAGAACAUCUUAACCUAACACGACGCUCUCUGUAUCCUCAUAGUAGGACACUGGACAUGAGAUUAAGAGCAGGUCUAGGUGAACUAGCCAACCUGAAGAGACUAGAAGUGCUAGUGGUUGAACAUGAUGCUCACCAGCGAAUGCAGCUUGAGGAUGCGACAUGGAUGGUGGACAAUUGGCCAAAUAUUAAAUACGUGUAUGGUGCUCUGAACGAUGAGAAAGAGACAGCUGACUUGUUGAAAUGGUUCUUGGAGUCGCACAAUAUACGUAUAUUUGCAUAAUAGCCUGGAAUGGGUAUGAAGAACAAGAGCAUGAGGCUUCCAAGAUCUACCACUGAUGAUUAGGAUACCGUGAUAAUG